AUGACAUCGGAAGGCGACGCGUCCAGUGCGGAGGACAGGGUCGCUUUGAGAUCCGCUCCGGUAUCCUCAUCGGCUUCAUCCCGACCAAAGACCAAACCUACCGCUUAUAUCGAUGACCUUAUUGCUGAAAACCAACGAUUGAAGAGCAACAGCGGCAUUGGAAGUCAAUCUCGAGCAGCCAACCUGCUCCCAGAUCUCGCAGUUGUUGCUCCGGUAAAAGAGACAACAGACACUAAUGCAACUGCCAUCCCAGCGCCAUCGCUUGAUGAACGACCAUGGUUCUUCGACAUGAAUAUUCCACACACGCCGAUUCUCAUCGGUGAGGCCUCGGACGCCGCAUUCGCUACCCGCUUCCGCCAAGCAAUCUCAUCAGCUGAGAGUAGUCACAUCCCGCGGGUGAACUAUGCCACAGAUGAGAGGCUGCUCGCUCUAUCUGAUACAGACUGCCCUUGGCCUAGUCCGGCAAGAGCACGUUUUCUCGUCGGGGUUGCCCUGAGAUAUGUCAGCCGUUGCUACCACAUCAUUCGCAAGAGCUCGAUUCUGGAUGCCUUGGAACAGACCCUCCAGAACCCGGCUGAAAGUGAUUCGCUUCUCAAGAGUAAGCUGUGGGCGAUGUUUGCUAUCGGCGCCAUGUACUCGACCCGAUCUGCCACGUCGGAAAAGCACUUCCCCGGCAUGGGCUACUUUGCACGGGCAACUCGCAUCCUCCGCAUCGUCAGCGAACGGCCGAGGAUCGAUGUUGUCGAGUUGAGAUUGUUGCUGUCUUUCUACUCUCUUGCGCUCAACCGGCGACAUACCGCCUACACUUUUGCCGGCUCCGCGACCAGGCUCGCUGUUGUCAUGGGCCUUCAUCUCAAUGUUCCUGAGACGCAGCUCAGAGAUGCGGCCGCUCGAGAGCAUAGGGUCAGAGUUUGGUGGACAGCAUACAUCUUCGACAGGAUGUGGGCAGCCAAGUUAAGCCAUCCAGUAGCCGUCCAAGACAUCGAUAUCGAGGUGGACCUGCCAUCGAAUCCGGUUGUCGACGAUAAUAUAGCGGAUGACUUUGCCGAUGCAUCAUAUUUUGUUGCUAGUGUAAAGCUCGCUGGCCUACUGGGAAAGGUUGUGCCAUCCAUCUAUCGAAGAAGGCUGCAAGACACCUCCUUAUCCCAUAGAGUUCAAGAGGCGUUGAAGGAUCUUCGUGGGUGGUCUGCAGAGCUCCCUCCACAGCUUCACAUUGACUCGAAGCCUACAUCGGAACGCAUGCCAAAGCCCAUCUCGCUACAUCUCAACUUUAAUCAGGCAAGCAAUGAAGCGCGACUGCCAGAUGGGUGCGCUAUCAGCACCACCCGCCCGAUUCUGCUCCAUGUGCUGCGAACGCAUGUCGCAUCUUGGGGAACACCAGAGACCCCAGAACCACGAGUUCCGGCCACCGCCAUGACUCUCGCAGAAACUUGCAUACGUUGCGCUCGUCACACCUGCCGACUGCUGACAGAAUGCUGGAUCGACGGGUCUUUUGCAACGUUUGACUACUUCUACACGCAGUAUCUCUUCUCAGCCGCCACCAUCCUCGCUGCAUCUAGCCUUCUGAGCGGCAAAGAGAGUCACAAUGACAGAGAACAAUUUGAAGAAGCAGCUCAGUUCUUGUCUCAGCUGAAAGAUAAUGGCAACUAUGCAGCUGAGGAGUUCUGCCAUCAUAUCGACGCUAUGAAGCUUACAAUGGCCGCAGCUCAUGUGCGCCGUGGUGAUUUCGCCGGGGCGGGAGACUCGGCGGCUUUGCUGAACGACACAACAGCGGCUUUCACGGAUGCUGCAGUCAACCUCAACCAACCUUUCGCAGAGCAAAACACAACCGCUGGUAUGGCGCUCAACGAGCCGUCGUUACAGGAGCUCCUGGCCCAGCCACUCCUCGACUUACAGUUUAUAGAUGCGUCGAUCUAUAAUGAUGGGGCUCAGGGACUUUAUUGGCCAGAUUUCAGCCCGGAAUCAUGGACGCCUGAGACGUGGACUGCAACUUGA